UAUGCAAAUAAGCCCUUUUUUGAUAGCUAUAAGAUGCCCAACAUUUCUCCUCUUUUCCUCAAACAAAAAACAUACACUUUUUCCUCUUUACCUUUUUCCUAUAAAUUCUCUCACUCCAUCACUUUCUACAAAACUCAAGUAAAAGAGAACAUACAUAGCUUCAUGCAACAAUGGCUAUUGAUUGCAUGACCAACAUAAAUCCUACUCCAAAAACCCACCAAAUCUCUAAGGACCAAAACCAAAAUAAUCCACUUAUAUUUGAUGCUUCAUUUCAUAGCCAUCAAUCCAACAUACCCCAACAAUUUAUAUGGCCAGAUAAUGAAAAACCAAGCACCAUUAACCCUGAAGAAUUAUCUGUCCCUCUUAUAGACCUCCAUGCCUUCCUUUCAAUGGAUUCUCCUCAAGAAGCCAUGGAAGUUUCAAAGCUCAUAACUGAAGCUUGUCUUAAAUAUGGUUUCUUUUUAGUUGUUAAUCAUGGUGUUAAUCCUAAAUUAAUUAAAGAUGCCCAUGAUUUAAUGGAUGAUUUCUUUCACCAAACUUUAACUCAAAAACAAAAAGCUCAAAGGAAACUUGGUGAGCAUUGUGGGUAUGCUAGUUCUUUUACUGGUAGAUUCUCUUGUAAUCUCCCAUGGAAAGAAACUCUUUCCUUUAACUUUUCUCCUCAAGAACGUUCUAGAAUUGUUGAAGAUUAUUUCAAGAAUAAAUUGGGUGAUGAGUUUAAUCACUUGGGGAAAGUGUACCAAGAAUAUUGUGAAGCUAUGAGCACACUUUCAAUAAAAAUUAUGGAGUUGCUUGGUUUAAGUCUUGGAGUAGGAAGAAGAUAUUACAAGGAGUUUUUUGAAGGCCAUGAGUCGGUCAUGCGCCUCAACUACUACCCGCCGUGUCAACGGCCGGACCUUACGCUCGGCACCGGACCUCAUUGUGAUCCGACUUCUCUAGCCAUUCUACACCAAGAUCAAGUUGGUGGUCUUCAAGUGUUUGUCGAUGGGAAAUGGCGUUCGAUUCCCCCUAAUAAUAACGCUUUUGUCGUCAACAUUGGUGACACUUUUAUGGCACUAACAAAUGGGAGAUACAAAAGUUGCUUGCAUAGAGCAGUGGUGAAUAGUGAAAAGCCAAGGAAGUCACUAGCAUUUUUUUUAUGCCCAAACAAAGAUAAAGUUGUUAAGCCACCAAGAGAACUUGUAGAUAAUGAGAACUUCCCAAGGGUAUACCCUGAUUUCACAUGGCCCAUGUUGCUAGAAUUUACACAAAACCAUUACAGAGCUGAUAUGAACACUCUAAAGGUCUUCUCUGAAUGGAUUCAACAACAAAAAAACUCAACCAAUUGAAAAGUGACAUAUGUUGGAAUUUCGCUCUUAUUUGAUAAACUUCUUCGUUUUUCACCAGAUCCUAAUUAUAGCUUUUAUGAACGAGAUAUAUUCGAUAUGAUCCACGACUAUCAUAAUGUUAGACUUCCUCAUGCAAUUGCUAUUCAAGAAGGGAAAAGAUGGCGGUAUCAAACCAAUGAUAAUUUUAAUGAUGUUUGAUAAUAUUUAUAGGCCAAAAAAUAAAUAAUUAAAAGGCCAUUUUGAGGGAUUUUGAAGAAUUUUAUUAAGAUGCAAUUAGUAGUUUUUUUUUUCUUUCUUUAAUUAUUUAUAUAGGAUUAUAUUAGAUUUUAGAUUAGUUGAGUUUUAUAAGAACCAAAAGAUUUAAUGACUAGUGAGUGCAUUGCAUCUU